CGUACCUUCCCACUUAAACCCGUCUUAAAUCUUAAUUAAGACAAACUUUGUGACUUGACAGUAAUGUGUUUUUGUUCGCAAUAGUUUCAAUGCAAUUAAAGCAAAUCUAAUGAUGAACUUUUUUUUAUAAAUUACACCAGGAAUGCUUUCCAAACUUUGCCGGAAGCACAAUGUUAGAAGCAAAUCUGGUUCUGGAGUUUGGACGACAGUGCCCUGUUGCUCCAUCUUCAAACAAAGUCUGGAUAAACGCAAAUCAUCCUUGAUGCAUCAAACUGCUGAGGAAAUGGAGUUGAGUUUGAAGCUAGCAGAAAAGACAGGAGGCGUGCAGGAAGCUUUGAGCCAGCAGGUCAACCUACAGAGAACCGCCUUUGUUACAGCUCUUCGGCUACUCUAUUGGCUUGCCAAGGAAGAAGUUGCGCAUACAACAAAGUUCCCGUCACUGGUGAAACUUGUCCAGCAAUGUGGUGUUUCCCAUCUGGAACAUCUGAGAGUGGGAGAUAAUGCUUUCUACCAAAGUGAGACAGCACUGCAAGAGAUGUUGGAAAAUUUGGCUGAAGUCACCAGCAGUGAGAUAUAUGAGGCUAUGCAGAGCAGUCCCUUCUUCAGCAUCCUGUGUGAUGAGACGACAGAUGUUUCCGUCCUCAGCCAACUGAUCUUCUAUGGACGUUUUCUGGAUAACCAGGGCCAGGUGCAAACUAAGUUCUUGGCUAUAAAGGACAUCCCUAAUGGAACUGCCGAAACAGUGACCAACAACAUCAACAUGUUCAUGGAUGACAACAAGCUGGAGAGAAGCAAAUUUGUUGGAUUUGGGUCCGAUGGUGCAAGUGUAAUGGUGGGCAGUCAGACUGGUCGUGUCACAAAAGAUCCCAUCUUCAAAGUUGCCCAGGCAAAGGAUGUGAGGUGGCUAUCGCACCAGAAAGCUGUGGACACAGUCCGUCAGUGUUUACCAUCACUGCUGAUCAGCUUAGAGAGAGAGGCCGCAGAGAGAGGGGACCCCAAGGCAGUAGGUCUUGCAUCAUUCAUGAAGACGUACAACUUUGCAGCCACUGUGUCUAUGUUGAGUGACGUUCUACCCCAUCUCACUAGAUUGUCCUUGCUGUUCCAGAAAACCAAUGUGGACUUCACUGUUGUGGACACUGUUGUACAUGCAACUAUAGCAGCAGUGGAACAUCUCCGCGACCACUAUGGACAACACAUGACAGCUCUGUCGGCGUUUGUUGAAAAGUUGCGCAGUGAGGGAGUGACGGUUCCGCUGAAUGCACACCAACAGUUUAUUGAACAGGUGUACAAUCCAUACAUAACAAACGUCAUGACCAACCUGCAAGACAGAUUCCCUGACACUGGACUGCUGAAGAAUUUCUCUUGCUUCGAUUUCACAUCAGCAGAUUAGGAAACAGCAAUUUCGGCUAAUGCCACUGAUCUCCAGGAGCUCUGCCAACACUAUGCCAGUUUGGUGAGUGAAGAUGAUGCCAUGGCUGAGUGGGAUCUUUUGGUCCCUCUUGUGAAGAAGAGGUCAGAAGAGUCAUCGACAUACAAGGAAACACUCAUAUUUGUGUCAAAGCAAACAGAGUUGCUGCCAAAUCUAUCCAAAUUGGCAUCAAUUGCUCUGGUCCUACCAGGUUCGACUGCUGACUGUGAGCGUGGCUUCUCCACAAUGAAAAGAAUAAAGACAGGGGCCAGGAACCGACUUGGAGAGAUAACUCUCAACAGUCUUCUGGUCAUUGCCAUUGAAGGACAAGACUGCUGCUCCUUUGACUACGAGAAAGCCGCCACCAUGUGGAGUCAAAGAAAGAAAAGGAGACUGGAAAUUAAAAGUUUUUUUUUGCCACCAUCAUGAUCAUUAUGCCACCAUAGGCGAUAAAAAGUCAUCAUUUAUAGUCAUUAAUUCAGUCAACACUUUUAUAUAAAGAAGGUCCUUGAGACAACAGUAAGAGGUACCUUAUAUCAGUAAUGGAAAACAAUGAAGACUUAAGACCAACAUUUUUCCUAAUCCUUAUGGAAAAGGAUGUUGUAUAUAAACAGUUCUCUUAUUAUCAGGGUUUGACUAUAAUGACAAAGAUUUCAUGAAAAGGUAAACUUGGCGUAAUAAAUGCUUAUUGAAGGACAUCUAAUGCUGACUACUGUUUUUUUUUUCUGGUAAUGGAAUUUUUUUUUUUUUUAAUCCCACAUUUAACAGGCCCACUUUCUGCACCAUACUGUUUGCUCUUUUUCCAUAAAUUAUGCUUCCAAAUGGCCUUAGAUUGCACCACAGAGUGUCCAGAAUGUCAGAAUUGUUCGGGGCCCUUGGGCGGGCCCCGGACCCCACGCCGUAAGGGCUUUCGCGCUUUGCGCUCGCAGGAUCCAUUCGCCGCAGGCCCCUAUCCUUUAAUUUCAUCCUGGCUAGAACCCUGUAUGUGUAGGCAAAAACCCUUAGUGAUAUAACUACAACAAGGCAUGGAUUUAUCGCAAAAUGGACUCAAAUACCAGUAUGUGGAAUAAAAGAUAACCAGAUUAACCAGAAGAAAAGGCCUGAUCUCUAGAAGGAAGUACAAACUGUACGUAAGAUUGAACUAUGGUUAGGCUGGGCUUAGGGUAAUUUCGUCACAUGGUACUUCAGGGCUUACACGGGGUACCACCAUUUAGCCUCUGCUACAGAAGCGUGGCACAAAUAUGUCACGUGGUGAACAUUCAGCUGUACCUAAGCCGGGAUGAGUUAUAGAUGAAAAUUGAAGUGACGUCAUGAUGACGUCAUCAUGGGUCAUGUGCCGUCAUGUUAAAAAUGAUUAGAUUUAAUCACUACAAAAUCAACCGUGAGCGACCUGAACUUGACGUUUGCGGGAAUGGAUAGAAUAAUCCAGGGUCUUCAUUGUUUAUAU